AUGAGGACAAGACGUGGAGAGAAAAUCGAGGACAAGAGGCGACGAGCUUGGAGUCCAGUUGAUCAACCAACGUCCACAAAAGAAAAUCCAACUUUUUUUCCGGACACAAGUGACGAAGCGGACGAGGAGUUCGAGAAGGCAAUGGAGUUAGAAAAGCGAGAUGAAAAUAUUCUGCAACACCGAGAGGGAGCCCUACAAUGCCAAAAAAUGCAGGCCUUAAAGAUGCUGGAAGCUUCAAAAAAUAGAUUUGGACCAGUUGAAGUGGGAAGAACAGUCCGACUGCCGAUCGGUUCUGUCGAUCGUCCGAAGAUCGAAUGUAUGCCGUACGGGGGCACAGUUAGCUCCCUCCCGAAUGGAAUGUGCAAGAGAGCGGUGAAAAAUGAGACUGCACAAGGAAGAUACUCGAGAAUCGUCGGAAUAAGAGUC